AUGACGUUUUCCAAGAAUGCCACCGACCAGCUUCGAUCUGUCAUGCGAAACGCUGUCGCCGGGCCAGAUGGUAUCCCUGGGGCGACAGUGGUAGUCGUCAACAGAGAUGGCUCCGAGCUUUUCGCCCACUCGGUCGGCAAACGAGGCGGUUCCAUUGACGAAGAUAUGACACUGGAACAUGUCUACUGGAUCGCUUCGUGUACGAAACUGCUCACCGCUAUUGCCUGCCUGCAACAGGUCGAAAGGGGCGUCUUGAAAUUAGAUGCCAGUGACCAGCUCGAAGACCUUUGUCCCGAGCUGAAGAGCCUCAUGGUGCUUGGCCGCAAUGGCGACCUCGAACCAAAACGGAAAGGCAUCACGCUCCGCAUGCUGCUUACACACACGGCUGGAUUUGGAUAUUCUAUUUUCAACGAAGAAUUGCGAGAUUGGAGCCUUCCGAUGGGCAUUGACGAGUUUGCAUGCGACUUUUCGGAAUUGGACGUACCGUUGCUGUUCCAACCAGGGGAGGGCUGGGAGUAUGGGGUAAACAUGGACUGGGCGGGUGUUGCAUUGGAGAGAGCCACGGGAAGCAAGCUCAACGACUACAUCCUGGCCAACAUAUGCGAACCUCUGGGCUUGGAAAACAUGAACAUGUUCCCGACCUCGAAGAUGAAGGCGGUGCUUGUGUAUAUGCAUCAACGCUCGCAUGACGGGACAUAUUCGACUCGCGACCAUGUGUACCGGCGACCGCUUGUGGCCCUGACCAAAGAGCAACGGGAGGCCCUCUUUCACAGCGGUGGGGCAGGCAUGUUUGCGAAGCCGCAGGAGUUCUGUCGCGUCCUUUGCGUGCUUCUGAACGACGGCAUCUGUCCUACCACAGGUGCCCAGCUCCUCCGCAAGUCCACAGUGGACGAGAUGUUUCGCAACUCCAUCCCCGACUUUCCGCAGUUUGGCCGCCAGGGCAUUCCCAGUGCAAAACCAGACCUAACAAAUCCCAUUCCGGACUUGUAUCCAACAGAGGGGAACUCGUCGCAGGGGUUUGGUCUCUCUUUCAUGCUUACAGGUGGUGCUACGGGCCGCUCCGCCGGGACCGGGUGGUGGGCUGGACUCCCGAAUCUUUUCUGGUGGGUGGAUCGUGAGCAUGGCGUCGCGGGUAUGGUCUGCACGCAGAUUUUGCCAUUUGCCGACCCCAAGGCCUUGGGUCUUUGGGUCGGAAUUGAGGCGGGUGUGUACCAGGCGCUUGCAAUGAAAGAGUGA